CACUGAAAGAAGAACUGACCGGAAGAUUCCUCCCUCCCUUGAUAAAGCCUCUCGUCAAACAAGCUAUAACCGACAUCAUGAACGAAGACUAUAUUGGCAACAUUAUUACCGGACAUGUUCUCAGGGAAGUUCAAAGCGUUAAGGCAAAUGUACAAUACACAAAGUCACAACUCAAAACCUUGGCAGAACAGCUGAGACGUGUUGAACGGGAUAGAGACACUUACAGAAAGAGUCUUCGAAAACAACGUCGCAGAUUGACCGAAGACAUCCGCGCAUCACAGCUGAAUCGGACUGUUGCUGACUUGCGUGAUGCAAGGAUGCUGAAGUCCGAACUAAAUCAGACCAACGAUGAUCUUUGUGACACAAAGCGAAAAGUCAUUGGUCUUACUGAGGACUUUAUUGCGCUGAAUACAAGUUGUGUGACGAUGAGAAGCAAGGUUGAAUCGUGCAUGGAUGACCUACAGGAAAUCCAGCUGAGGUUACCCACAGACAUUCAGAGUUUAACCACUCAACUGAACCAGACCAAAGAAGAUCUGCUUGAUACAAAGGAAGUAAUCAGUGGACUCUCAGAGGACUUUAUUGCGCUGAAUAGAAGUUGUGGUAUGAGGAAAGAGGUAAAACCGAGUGAAGGAAAUGAAAGCUCGCUGACAACAUCGUCAUUGUCGCAGAUGUCACUCACAACUUCGACCACGACGUUUCCUGGAACUACAGCAGCCUCCACUGACCCGAGCCCGAGCAACACGGCUUCACUAGCGCCAGUGAAGACACAAAACUCUGAUCUACACGCCUCGACUGACCCGAGCCCGAACACCACGGUUCCACCAACGCCACUGACCACACACGACCCUGAUCCACACGCGACUCCAUCACCAGCAGCAGGCCGCCGCCUCUACUCCGCCAGCGGGGCCGGUGACCUGGAGACAGUGAAGCGGAUCCUGGCAGCGGGUCACGUGGACAUCAACACGAGAGGAUACUACAGCAGGACACCGGUGAUGGUGGCAGCACGGAGGGGACACAGCGUUGUGGUGGAGUUCCUGGUGGGUAGAGGGGCUGAUGUGUCGCUGGUGGACAGGGGCGGUAACAACGUCCUUCACUUGGCCUGUAUUGUGGGAGACCUGGAGACGGUGAAGCUGAUCGUGUCCUGGAACGUGGUGGGCAUCAACGCCAGGAGCAACAAAGGGCGGACAGCGGUCUGGUGGGCGAGACACUGGGGACAUCAGCGAGUGGUGGAGUUCAUGGAGUCACGUGGUGGACACUGAAGUCGGUGUCGGUGUGGACAGCGACGGUGCACAUGUCGUUACUGACACUGACGCGGUGUGUGCCGUCCACGUUGUCGUGUGUCACGAUUCACGUGAUUUCCUUUUACUUUGUGAAUAUAAAUAAAACUUGUUGAAAGUA